AUGGAAAGUGAUUCUAUUGCUCUUAUGGAUAUGUUCAAUAAGGCAUCUCCUCCCAUUUGGAAUGUGCUUUGCCUCUUAAACAGGAUUUGGGCUUUCAUUAUGAGCCAACUUCUUAAUAUUCAAAUGAAUUUCAUAUACAGAGAAGGUAAUUCCCUUGCUAAUUGGCUAGCUAAGCAAGGAUCCUUUGGGGUGCUGAACCUCCAUGGCGAGCCAGGGGUGCUGAGGUGGUCGGGGAGCUCGAGUUCGUCGAGCUCUUCGGAGGACGACGGAUUGGGGGGAAGGAGGAAGAAGAAGGGGUUGAAGGAUAAGAUUAAGGAGAAGUUGCCGGGAGGACAUAAGAAUGAGCAGAAGCAUGAGAAGAAGGGUAUAAUUGAGAAGAUUAAGGAGAAGCUACCUGGGAGUCAUAGCCAUAGAGGAGAACUCUUUAACCUUGCAGACAAAGAUAGAUCCCUAGGCAACCCCAUUCAUCACCACACCAGUGGCAUUGGAGAGCACGGAGGCCAGAAGCUUCAUGAUGAGCACGGCAACCCCAUCUCCGGCCACGGUAACAACCUCCAUGGCGAGCCAGGGGUGCUGAGGUGGUCGGGGAGCUCGAGUUCGUCGAGCUCUUCGGAGGACGACGGAUUGGGGGGAAGGAGGAAGAAGAAGGGGUUGAAGGAUAAGAUUAAGGAGAAGUUGCCGGGAGGACAUAAGAAUGAGCAGAAGCAUGAGAAGAAGGGUAUAAUUGAGAAGACUAAGGAGAAGCUACGUGGGAGUCAUAGCCACUGAGGCUGUGUGGAAUGGG